AUGUCGAGCUCAGAGAUUAAUACGGUGCUCGCCAACUCGCUUUCGCCAGAUGCGAACCUGCGAAACGCCGCCGAACAGCAACUCACUCAGGCAGCGGAGAGUAACUUCCCGCUGUAUCUCGCUACACUCGUUCAAGAGCUCGCAAAUGAGCAAGCGGAUGGCUCCAUCCGAGCUGCCGCCGGUAUUGCCCUCAAGAACGCCUUCACAGCCAGGGACUUCGCUCGGCAACAGGAGCUCCAGACAAAAUGGCUCCAGGGGACGGACGACGAGACAAAGAACCGGGUCAAGCAGCUGACGCUGCAGACCUUGUCAUCGAGCAACACCCAGGCCGGCACUGCUGCCGCCCAAGUCAUCUCCUCCAUCGCCGCCAUCGAGCUGCCCCGCAACCAGUGGCCGGAUCUGCUGUCCUUCCUCGUCAAGAACGUCAGCGAGGGCGCCGAUCACCAGAAGCAGGCCUCGCUCACCACCAUUGGCUACAUCUGCGAAAGCCAGGACUCGGAGCUGCGGCUGGCUCUCGUGUCCCACUCCAACGCCAUCCUGACGGCCGUCGUGCAGGGCGCCCGAAAGGAGGAGACCAACGCCGAGGUCCGGCUCGCCGCCAUCACCGCGCUGGGCGACUCCCUCGAGUUUGUUGCCAACAACUUCAAGCAUGAGGGCGAGCGCAACUACAUCAUGCAGGUCGUCUGCGAGGCCACCCAGGCCGACGACUCGCGCAUCCAGCAGGGCGCCUUUGGCUGCCUGAACCGCAUCAUGGCCCUCUACUACGAGAACAUGCGCUUCUACAUGGAGAAGGCCCUCUUCGGCCUGACCAUUCUCGGGAUGAAAUCCGAGGACGAGGACGUGGCCAAGCUGGCCGUCGAGUUCUGGAGCACCGUCUGCGAAGAGGAGAUUUCCAUCGAGGACGACAACUCGCAGGUCGAGAGCUCAGACCAGAUGCGCUCCUUCUACAACUUUGCCCGCGUUGCCGCCAACGAGGUCGUCCCCGUCCUGCUGACGCUCCUGACCAAGCAGGACGAGGAUGCCACCGACGACGAGUACAACCUGUCCCGGGCCGCCUACCAGUGCCUGCAGCUCUACUCCCAGGCCGUCAACUCCACCAUCAUUGCGCCCGUUCUGUCCUUUGUCGAGGCCAACCUGAGGUCGGAUGACUGGCACAACCGAGACGCCGCCGUCUCCGCCUUCGGCGCCAUUAUGGAGGGCCCGGACGAGAAGGUUCUGGAGCCCAUCGUCAAGCAGGCCCUCCCCGUCCUCAUCACCAUGAUGGACGACUCGUCCCUCCAGGUCCGGGAUUCCACCGCCUAUGCGCUGGGCCGCGUCACCGAGGCGUGCUCAGAGGCCAUUGAUCCCCAGCAGCAUCUUCCCACGCUGAUUGCGUCGCUCUUCAAGGGCCUCAUCAGCAACGCCAAGAUGGCGCCUUCCUGCUGCUGGGCCCUGAUGAACCUCGCCGAGCGCUUCGCCGGCGACUUCGGUGCCCCGACCAACCCCAUCACCCCCCACUUCAACCAGGCCGUCAGCUCCCUGCUGGAUGUGACCGCCACCGGACGCCAGGAUACAGAAACGUCUGUGCGCACCGCUGCCUACGAGGUUCUCAACGUAUUUGUUCAGAACUCUGCUUCCGAGAGCCUCCCGGCGGUCGCAUCGCUGUCUGAUGUCAUCAUCAAGCGUCUGGAGGAGACCAUCCCUCUGCAGACCCAGGUCGUCAGCGUCGAGGACAAGCUGACGCUGGAAGAAAUGCAAAAUAGCCUCUGCGCCGUUCUCCAGGCCAUCAUCUCGCGCCUCGACAAGGAGAUUGCCCCUCAGGGCGACCGCAUCAUGCAGGUCCUCCUCCAGAUCCUCAGCACCAUCGGAGGAAAGUCGAGCGUCCCCGAGGCCGUCUUCGCCACCAUCAGCGCUCUUUCAACUACCAUGGAAGAAGACUUCAUCAAGUACAUGGAGGCUUUCGUUCCAUUCCUGUAUAACGCGCUUGGCAACCAGGAAGAGCCCAGUCUCUGCUCGAUGGCCAUUGGCCUCGUCAGCGACAUCACGCGAUCCAUGGGCGAGCGCAGCCAGCCCUACUGCGACAACUUUAUGAACUAUCUCCUCAACAACCUCAGGAGUACGACCCUUGCCAACCAGUUCAAGCCUGCUAUCCUGCAGUGCUUUGGAGACAUUGCCGGCGCCAUUGGGGGUCACUUUGAGACCUACCUGUCCGUCGUUGCCCAGGUUCUGGAGCAAGCAUCCACUGUCACUGCAACCCCUGACGGCCCCGACGAGAUGUUUUAUUAUGUCAUCUCUCUGCGAGAAGGGAUUAUGGACGCGUGGGGUGGCAUUAUCGGUGCCAUGAAGUCCAGCGGAAAGACCCAAGUCCUCCAGCAAUAUGUUCCCGCUAUUUUCCAGCUGCUCAACCUCAUUGCCAGCGAUGCCAACCGCAGCGAGUCGCUCAUGCGGGCAGCUAUGGGAGUCAUCGGUGACCUGGCCGAUGCUUACCCCAACGGCGAGCUUGUCGAUGCCUUCCGACAGAGCUGGUUGACGGCCAUGAUCAAGGAGACAAAGACCAACCGGGACUUCCAACCACGCACCAUCGAGACGGCUCGCUGGGCUCGCGAGCAGGUCAAGCGCCAGCUGGGCGGCUCACAGGGCGUCAUUUCUCAGUCAUGA